AUGCCGGUCGCCAUCAUUACAGGAGCAGCUCAGGGGAUUGGAAAAGCCAUCGCUCUUCGCCUCUCGGAAGAUGGAUUCAGUGUAGUUAUAGGUGAUAUUGCUCCUCAACUAGACGCCAUGAAGCAAUUGGUGGCCCAAAUUGUUACCAGCGGACGGAAAGCUCACUGUGUUACUGUCGACGUGUCACGGCAAGACGAGGUUGAGGCUCUGGUUGCUGAGACAGUCAAAGUCUUCCAAGAAGUCAAUGUCAUGAUUGCCAAUGCAGGAAUUCUAGAUACCGCCGGGGUACUGGACAUUAGUGUUGAGAGGUGGGAGAGAACAAUGUCUGUGAAUGUUCGCGGAGUUUUCUUAUGCCACACCAUUGCAGCAAAACAGAUGGUCAAGCAAGGCAUGGGAGGAAAGCUGAUUGCCGCUUGUUCAAUUUCAGGCUACCGGCCCAGCGGUAAAUGCCCUGCCUACUGCACGAGCAAAUGGGCGGUCCGAGGAUUUACCCAGACCUGUGCUCUGGAGCUUGGUCAGUAUGGGAUUACUGCGAACGCCUACUGUCCUGGUUCAGUUCCCACACCAAUGUCGCUGCAAUUUGCCGAGCGCCUAGGGAAAGAGCAAGGGGUUUCUGACCCUGAAGAGAUAUAUAAAAAGUCCUCGCACCGUCUCUCUGCUCUUCCUGUCGACUUAAAGACCGAAGAUAUCGCUGGUUUGGUGAGCUUUCUUUCAGGAAAAGACUCUAAUCAUAUCACUGGGCAGAGUCUAAUCUGCGAUGGAGGUUAG